AGCUUGGCAUCUCGCACAUUCUCAUAAAGCAGUAACAGCCACGGGGAGAACGGGACUCGGAUCAGCGAGGCGCUGCUUGCAGAAACCCUGACACACUCCGCAUUGGACGUGCUGCCAUAGGGCAAACAGCAUGGGCGACCGCACAGCGUUUUUGCUGUUCAUAGUCGCGACUUCGUCGCUUGCUGUCGAGGUGCCGUCAGAGGACUCGGUUGGGCUGCUGUCCGAGCCUCAGGUGGCCAUGUUCUGCGGGAAACUCAACAUGCACAUCAACGUCCAGAGCGGCAAGUGGGAGCCUGACCCGACUGGCACAAAGAGCUGUAUUGGCACCAAAGAAGGCAUUCUGCAGUACUGCCAGGAGGUGUACCCUGACCUGCAGAUCACUAAUGUAGUGGAAGCCAACCAGCCCGUUAGCAUACAGAACUGGUGCAGGAAAGGCCGCCGUCAGUGUCGCAGCCACACACAUAUCGUAGUGCCCUACCGCUGCCUGGACGGAGAGUUUGUGAGCGAUGCCCUUCUGGUCCCUGAUAAGUGCAAGUUCCUGCACCAGGAGCGGAUGGACAUGUGUGAAGGCCACCUGUACUGGCACACUGUGGCCAAAGAGUCCUGCGGCGAUCGGUCCAUGAACCUCCACGAAUUUGGGAUGCUGUUGCCAUGCGGCAUUGACCGUUUCCGCGGCGUGGAGUUUGUGUGCUGCCCCGUGGAUGAGCAGAGACUCUCCGACGGCGAGGAGCGUGUGUCAGAUGUCUCAGAUGUGUGGUGGGGAGGUGCCGAGACGGAGUACGGUGACAGCGCGCCCCGGCAAGCCCCCACAGAAGCGCAGGAGCCUGAGCCAGCCGCCGCCGCCGCAGAGGACGACGAGGAAGUGGGCGACGAUGAAGACGAGGCCUGGGACGACGAGGACGAGGACGAGGACGGUGACGGUGUGGAGGACGCCGACGAGGAAGACGACGAGGACGAAGAGGCUACUGGCGAGCAUGACGCCAACGAGCAAGCCUCAAACGUCGCUAUGACGACCACCACGACUACGACCACUGAGUCUAUAGAAGAGGUGGUCCGAGAGGCAUGCUGGGCCCCAGCGCGCAGGGGUCCAUGCCGUGCCUCAAUGCCCCGCUGGUACUUUGUGGCUGAGAGGGGCCACUGCGCGCCCUUCACCUUCGGCGGCUGCGGCGGAAACCGCAAUAACUUUGAGUCGGAGGAGUACUGCAUGGCCGUGUGCAGCAGCAGCGUGCUGCCCACCUUGGCUCCAAGUCCUCCGGAUUCCGUUAGCCACUACCUCCAGGCUCCAGGAGUUGUGAACGAGCACACUCACUUCCAGAGGGCCAAGGAGCAACUGGAGGCCAAACACAGGGAGAGGAUGUCUCAGGUGAUGAAGGAAUGGGGUGAAGCCGAAAGGCAGGUGAAGAGUCUUCCCCGCGCUGACAAGAAGGCCGUCAUUCAGCAUUUCCAGGAGAAGGUGGAGGCACUGGAGCUGGAGGCGGCUAACGAGAGGCAGCAGUUAGUGGAGACUCACCUCGCUCGGGUGGAGGGUCUGCUCAAUGAACGCUGCCGCCUGGCACUAGACAGCUUCCUAACUGCCCUGCAGGCUGACCAGCCCCGGCCUCGCCAGGUGUUCGGCUUGUUCAAGAAGUACGUGCGCGCGGAGCAGAAGGACAUGCAGCAUGCCCUCAAACACUUUGAACAUGUGCGCAAGGUGGACCCCAAGAAAGCUUCACAGAUCCGUCCCCAGAUGCUGGCGCACCUGCAAGCAAUUGAUGAACGCCUAAACGAAAGUCUCGCCAGUCUCUACAAGGUCCCUCGGGUGGCCGGUGAAAUCCAGGACCAAGUAGUGGUGCUGAUGCAGCGGGUGCAGGCGGAGGUCACUCAGCAGCUCUCUUCCCUGCAGACGGACAUGAGGGUGAGCUACGGUAACGACGCCCUGAUGCCCGACCUGCCCGACAGCACCACCCCACUGGACGUGCUGCCUCCAGAGCAGGACGGCCUAGGCUUCGUCUACCCCAAGGGCUUCAACCAGGCCAACACCGACAACCAUGUUGAACCUGUAGAUGCACGCCCAGCACCAGAUAGGGGGCUUCCCACACGAGCUGUGUCUGGCCUGAAACCAGAAGAAAUGCCAGAGGUGCGGAUGGACAGUGAAGAGAGGCGCAGUGCCGGAUAUGAAGUACAUCACCAGAAACUGGUGUUCUUCGCCGAGGAUGUGGGCUCCAAUAAGGGAGCCAUCAUUGGCCUAAUGGUGGGAGGGGUGGUCAUAGCAACCAUCAUUGUCAUCACCCUGGUGAUGCUGAGGAAGAAGCAGUAUACCUCCAUCCACCAUGGAGUCAUAGAGGUCGACGCUGCCGUGACCCCGGAAGAGCGCCACCUCACUAGGAUGCAGCAGAAUGGAUAUGAGAACCCCACCUAUAAGUUCUUUGAGCAGAUGCAGAACUAAAGGUUGUCUACAGCAGCCAGUGCACCCCCCCCCUCCCCCCUCCACAUCAGGACAGAAAACACAGGCCCUUCAUGCACACUAGUGGUGAACUCUGUUGCCAUGGAGAUGAGUGUGGCUCCUGCCACCCAACCAUUUCAUCCAAUUACCGAUGAGCACUCAGUUUGCACAGAAAACCGAUGCGUCAUUCUCCGUCAUCCAGCCAUAUGAUUGUUUGUCCGUCUGUCUGUCUGGAUGCCCCUAUGCUCUGCCCCCUCCACCUGUCAGUCAUGCCUUGGACCAAACCCGACACCUUUCCCACUGUUUGUCCCUCCCCCCUCCCAGCCUUGCGCCUGGUUCCUCGGCUCUAAGCCUGUUCCAGGGCUCGUGCUUUCUCUCCUGCCCCAUCGUCUCCUCCCCUCCUCCAUCUCCCUGGCUUCCCGGCGUCUGCCCCAGGUAUCCAGAGGACAGCCAUGCCAGGCUCGAGUCUGAGACUCCAGUCACCAAGACAGCCAGAAGCCAAUAAUGUACUCCUCACUGAGCUUUCAUUUCAGGACCAGUCUGUCCAUCCAGGUCUGUUUUUCCAGAAAAAUAUUUUUAAAAUGGAAAAAAAAAAGCUAUAAACUAUAUAAAUGCAUAUAUAUCACUUAAGGAGAUAAUGAAAAUGAAUGUUUAGUUUUUUUAUUUUGAGUGUAAUAAUGCAUUGAAAUAAGGCAGAAAAUAGCUGUUUCCAUUUAGUGCAUGGCGAUUACGACAGAGAGGUUUCAGAUUCUCCCACACGUAUCCUCUCUCAUGUAGAGAUUUUAGCAGGAUUGUACAUUUUAGUGUUUUCUUGUGAUCAUGUAAUUUUAAAGAAUAGAAAACUCCAAAUCGGUUUGAAGCUUUGUUGUCAGAGACAUGCUUUAAAUGAAGUUAGUGCUUUUUUUUUUUUUUUAAAGGCGCCAUAACAUGCACACACGCGCGCACACACACACACACAUCAGCUGCAUGGGGCUGGAGAAACUAUGUAAUUUGACGUGUAAUAUAAGCCUAAGUGUUUUGGUGGCAUUCUAUGCACUUUGAAGUUUGUCUUUUUUGAAGGGCCGUCCCUCUGAUCAGUUUAAUUCCACAGCAAGAGUAAGUAAGAAGUAGUGGAGCUUCAGCACUUCAAUAUACUCGGUGUGGGACAGAGGAUUAUAAUCCCAGUUUCCUAUUUGCGCUGGUCUGUGUCUGUGAUAUUCACAAACACCGAACAGGACAUCGGCCCCGCACCUUUUCUCCCGCUCCUCCGCUUGUCUUGUCCCUACGCGGGUAGGAAGGCAUGUCGGAAACCAAAAGGAGAGCGAAAGAAAUGGCUCCCAUUACCCGAGCUCAUGUGAAAAUGUGCUGGGCACCAAGAAGGGUCUCAUUAAGGCACUCUGAUCAACACAUCCACAGCCCUCUUCCACUCUCACAGUGCUUAGCAUGUGGGUAGCGUGGUCCUAGGAGUCCUGGAGGACUCGCUUGAAAAGCAGAGUGAAAAAGAAGGAAGUUGGAAGGUGUGAACAUUAAACUUCAAAGCCUGAAGAGAAUGUAAACAUUAGAGAAGACUUCACUCUUCCUAGACUAAAGCUCUUCAAUCAGGUGCUGUGUUUAUGCAAGGAGACUCAGAUGAGUGUAUGUGGUCAGUAAGGGGCACUGAAGAAAGACAAGGCUCUCCACCUUUCUUGACCUCUCCUGUUUCUUUCCAUGUUUCUUUCAAUGCAGAUCAUUGGCUUAGACUGAGGAGAUGCUUUCUACACUGUAUCCCAUGAAUAAAGUUUUGAAUGUACAUACAGA